CAGUAAGCUGCCAGAGUUGAAGCUGAUUGGUCUAUGCUUUUCCUUGCCUGUGGCAACUGACAGCACCUCCCAGCCUGGCAGGAGGGCUGCUGUUCCCCAGCCAGUCGGUGGGUCUGGGCACUGCAGCAGCUCGGCUCUGUCCCAGCGCUUGUCUGGGAGAAAAGUGGUGUACUCACCCGAGAGACUCUUACCUUCCUUCUUACUCGAGCUCUCUGCGUGCUUUUUUGUUUCUUUUUUUUUUUUUCUCUUUCUUUCUUUUUUUUUUUUUUUUACUUAAUUAUAUUCCUAAUCCUGGAUGAAGUUGCUGGAUUCCGCAGCACACGUCUUCAUGAACGAGCAGCACCGCUCAGAGAUUUCACGGCAUUCAAAGGUCACAGAACUGCCACUAUGGUUAAAUGUCUUGUUUAAUGGUUGAGAGGUGUGGCGAAAUCUUGUUUGAAAACCCUGACCAGAAUGUCAAAUGUGUUUGCAUGCUAGGAGAUGUACGACUAAGGGGUCAGACGGGGGUUCCUGCUGAACGCCGCGGCUCCUACCCAUUCAUUGACUUCCGCCUACUUAACAAUACAACACACUCAGGGGAAAUUGGCACAAAGAAAAAGGUGAAACGACUGUUAAGUUUUCAAAGAUACUUCCAUGCAUCAAGGCUGCUUCGUGGAAUUGUCCCACAAGCCCCUCUCCACCUGCUGGAUGAAGACUACCUUGGACAAGCAAGGCAUAUGCUCUCCAAAGUGGGAAUGUGGGAUUUUGACAUUUUCUUGUUUGAUCGUUUGACAAAUGGAAACAGUCUGGUAACACUGCUGUGCCACCUCUUCAAUACCCAUGGGCUUAUUCACCAUUUCAAGUUAGAUAUGGUGACCUUACACAGGUUCCUAGUCAUGGUUCAAGAAGACUACCACAGCCAAAACCCAUAUCACAAUGCUGUUCAUGCGGCCGACGUCACCCAGGCCAUGCACUGCUAUCUGAAGGAACCAAAGCUUGCCAGCUUCCUCACCCCCCUGGACAUCAUGCUGGGACUACUGGCUGCAGCAGCACAUGAUGUGGACCACCCAGGGGUGAACCAGCCGUUUUUGAUCAAAACUAAUCACCACCUCGCCAACCUGUAUCAGAAUAUGUCUGUGCUGGAGAAUCACCACUGGCGAUCUACAAUUGGCAUGCUUCGAGAAUCAAGGCUUCUUGCUCACUUGCCAAAGGAAAUGACACAGGAUAUUGAACAGCAGCUGGGCUCCUUGAUCUUGGCAACAGAUAUCAACAGACAGAAUGAAUUUUUGACCAGAUUGAAAGCUCACCUCCACAAUAAAGAUUUAAGACUGGAGGAUGCACACGACAGGCACUUCAUGCUUCAGAUUGCCUUGAAGUGUGCUGACAUUUGCAAUCCUUGUAGAAUCUGGGAGAUGAGCAAGCAAUGGAGUGAAAGGGUCUGUGAAGAAUUCUACAGGCAAGGUGACCUUGAACAGAAAUUUGAACUGGAAAUCAGUCCUCUUUGUAAUCAACAGAAAGAUUCAAUCCCUAGUAUACAAAUUGGUUUCAUGACAUACAUCGUGGAGCCUCUCUUCCGGGAAUGGGCCCGUUUCACGGGAAACAGUGCCCUGUCUGAGAGCAUGCUCAGCCAUCUCGCACACAAUAAAGCCCAGUGGAAGAGCCUGUUGCCCAAGCAGCACAAAAGCAGUGGUGGUGGCGGUGGCAGUGGCAGCCCGGACCACACAGGCCAAGGGACUGAGAGGGAAGAGCAGGCCGCGACCGAAGGCGAAGCCCCAUAGAGCCAGCCGAGCCUACCCCAUGCUCUGCAUGCGGAGAGAAUGAGAACCUCAUUCAGCAGAGGCCUUCUGAGGAGGUUCCUGCCCAAAAACCCAGCCAGCACUCUGGGUUUUGUCCUGGGGCUCCUUGGAAUGCCACCCUCCUCCUACUUCCCUGCCUUCCAUUCCCUUUUCCAGUGUACAGAAGCCAUUCGUCGCCUCAGCAUUAGCUGCCGAGAUGAGCAACUCCAGUAAUGUGGGAGCUGAUUUUCAGGGCAUGUUUGCCCCUCAAGGAGAAGACUGGGGAGUAAGAAAGAGGUGCUUCUGCUGUGACCCCCGUGGACCCUGGGUCCCACUGUGACAGGCAGCAGUUCCUAAGUCCAGAGCAUGUUAGCGUUCACCACCUGACCGCUGAUCUGCACGACAAAAACACCAGCACGUUUGGGACUCCAAGGAUACUGGUCUUAAGAGCCAGGGCACAAAUAAGAGCGUGAGAGAAAGUACCUUCUAUUUUAAUAAUAAUUAUUAUUAUAAAAUAAUAAUAAAUCUUUUUAACUUUUAUAUUUUAUGCACUAGACAUUGGAUCUAAAAUUUUGGACUAAGAUGACUCAAUGUACCCAAACUUGAACAAGGGGUUCAUUGUUUUGUUACUGAUUUUAUGCCACUUUGGGUCAGAGAUUUGGCAUCUUCUCAAUUUAAGAAAUCCAGUCUGAGGGGAAGGUGCUGUGUACUCCAUUCUUCUGCACCAUUGGCCAAUCUGUCUUUUAUCAAAUAACUCAGAUUCAGUGACAUGUUUAUAUUCACACAUGUACAUUUUCUGUAAAUACCAAGCGCUACUGAUUCCCAUGCCAAAAUACAUGAGUAUUAUGGGAUUGCUACCUGUAUAAACAAUGGCACUGUGAACAGAAUACUGUUAGAUUUAAUACAAGAGGAUGCAUUUGUAAAUAUGGUAUAGAGUUUAUUAAUAUACUAUUGUUUGCAGAAAGGCCUUAACUUUACACAUCUUUCAUCUUCUGAAAGCCGCCCAACUUAAAUCCUCACAGAUGUCUUUCUGAACCGCCUUCCCAUGUCCAUCUUUAUGCUUUCCAGCUAAGGUCACACACCAAAACUGAAUAAAGUCUUUGAGGAAAUGUUUUGGAAACUUCACAUGCAUUCCGCUUGAGACCAUAGUGUUUAAUCUAUGGCACCAAGCAUCGUUUCCUCAGAUUAAUGAGCCCGCUGCAGCAAGCCUCAAGUCGUUUUCAACGCAGCGACGUUGCACACUGUUUAACAAGCCAGCUGAUAAGCUUGUGUUUAUGUGACUCUUGUCAUGGAACACAGUGGUGUGUCAACCUCAAGGGAGACAUAACAGGUCUCGCAAACUCUCUACGACCCUGUCAUCUAAUCGUCAGGAAAUUCUCUGGCCCCUCUCACACUUUUGUCUGUUAUGGCUACAGUACCAAAGCACCUUUGGUUUAUGGUUGGCGUGCAUUUCUUUGGUGUUAAUAGUAACUGGACUUUUCUUUUUCCUUAAUUUCAUGUUCAAUUACCCAACUGUUUAGCUGAAGUUAACUUUAUUUAGGUAAAGAAAAUAUUUGCAUUAUCUGGCACACUUUACCUUCCUGUCAGGUCGUUGUGGUUAAGUAUGGCUCUUGCUAGCAGAGUCACUUUGGAAUUUGCUUGCCGUUUUUUUCUGCAGACACUUGGCAGUAAUAUCAAUCUGUUACAGCAUUCCUCUCUAGUGGAUUAACCUCUCUGCUUUGACCUUUUUCUUUAGAAGUUCUAGUAUAACUAAUGUUAGGUGAAAAUUGGUGAAAUUCCUUUCUUUUUAGCGUAAGCAACAUCUCAGUGGGAGAAUGGCAAUCUGCUCGUUGCUGCCACCACCAAAUCGUCUCAUAAGCUGAUAGAAUGACAACCCGCUCCCAUUUCUUACAUGCAACUGUUUUUUUUUUUUUUCUUCCAACGUGCAAAUGAAAUGUUAAAAAUUUAACUGGGUUGUAACAAGUUCCUGUAGAGAGACUGAGGUUUGCAGAGUUAAGGUUUAGGGAAAAUUUGGGGGAGUUGGUUGUGUUUUUGUUAAAGUAGAAGAGAUUUCAGAUGGCGUUAGAGAAAGUGUGAAAAGCUCAUGAAAUGGGUAGAUGAUAAGUUGAAAUUGUUGAGAUGGGUAAGAAGGAAAGUUGUGAAAACUUAACACUCACUUUUUUUUCUGUAAUAGCUAUGUACUGACACAUUUCUGUACUGCUUUAAUUCUCUAAAACUUUCAGCCUGGAAAGGCCCCAAAAGAGAAUAUUUUGAAUGUAUUCUUGCUUCCAAACUUCUCUUACUUCGGGUUUGGUGAUACAGAGAGAGGGCUUCUGAGUAGUCUAUUUUUCAUAUACAUGAGAUCACAUUAAAGAAAACAAUUAUUGAGGACAAUAUAGUAGAGAUAAGAAAGAUACUAUUUUAGCUAAUGGGAUCUCUACCUUGAGUUUAAGAAACAAACUUUGUUUAUAUAAAUUAUAUUUAUAUAAUAACUUGAGUAAGUAAUAUUGAGAGCAUUUUUAAGUAGUUCCAUGUUUCCAAGACAAAGAGCUCACAGAGAAAACCAUUGAUUAACUGACUUUGAAGUCUAUAAAACAGCUACUAGUAUGAAGUCAGAUGAGACAUGAUGCCUAAAGUAGAUGCAUUUGGCUCCUUCUUUCAAUCAUCUGGAGAUGUCCUGAGUUCCUCAUUUUUGGGCAAAAAAAGAAAUGUGAAAACAUUAUUCUUGCUUCCAGUUGCUCUCACAAUCUGUCAGUAGAAGUCCAGUCUUAAGAAGUCUUAAGACAAGUUGUUGGAGCAUCCACAGACCAUCAAUAGUUGACUUACCAAGUUUAAUUCUCACAUUGCUUGAAAGAAAGGAAUCAAGGGCUAUUUUUAGUAAGCAAAAAGUAAAGUUAAGGUCAAAUUAAGAGAGACUAUAUAUCACUGCCAGGCCUGAUAGGCAAAGUCUGCUUUUCCUUUUAAAAGCAUCCAGUCAGAACCUUAUUCAUAAAACCCUGAUCUCCCCAUAACUCCCUGCUGGGCUGAGUAAAACUGCCGCUGUUGUACCUGCUUAUGGCUUCUGGGCCCGGGAGGUGUUCUGCCAUCCUAUCUUCAGAUAGUGCUUCCUGCAAAACACAGGCCUGCUUUGUAACCUUCUCUCAUGUUGAAUCACAUUUGCUUACUGAUUGGAACUUGGUUAUGAGCUUGUACUUUCCUGUAUUUCUUAUGCUUUAUUCUUUUCAGCAAACCCUUAAAAUUGUGUUGUUUUGUGUACACAUGUGAGGUUUGAGAAAAAACACCUUGUGAGUUUUGCUCAAAAUGUGGCCUAAAUAUCCAUUGGCAUGUCUAGAUGAACAAUUAAAAAUAAAGAUAAUUUCUUUAAAACAUUGCAAUAUGAAACUAUCCUGAUUCUCACCACGUAACAUGUUGCCACCCAACCCAUCAGACUUAACCAAAACAACCCCUGGCUCGGGAGAGACACCGUUCAGGGAAAAGGCACAGUUGCAGAUGUGACUGCACUCUACUUGGGGCUGAAGACUAGCCGUGUCCUUGAAGGCAUCCCUUGGCAGUUAGUUCCAAAUUAGGGAAAAGGAAUUUUCUCUCUCUCACCAUUCAGCUCUGCAUUUCCCAAGUCCUGGUAUUUUUCCCAUCCACAUUUGUAAAACUCACAUAUGAAUGAUAAUCAGGUACAAUGUUUCAGAUUGCUAAAACAGCAGCUUCAAUUCAAGAAUUACUUGUGAAAAGUAUCAUCUUGAAUUUCAGGACUGGAGACCACAAGGAAAAAGAGAAUCACUCAGACAAGAUGACUGUGGGUUUAGAUAUAUCUAGAAAUAGUGGAGAAUAAAACAAUACCCAUAGUUCCCAGAAACAUCCUUGUGUCUUUAUAUGCCCCCCCCAUAUCCAUUUCACUGAGACUUGUAUUCAAAAUCUCACUGAUUCCUUAAUACGCCUCCCCAGGUCAGAGUGCAAAGCCAUUUUUUCAAUUAGGAACAUGCUAUAUCAUAAGUCUGACCCCAGUGGUGUUCCAAGUCAAGCUCAUACAUGACUUUUUUAUAUAUUACUUGGGCUAAAUUGGUUACAGCACUGUGUAUGAUUCAGGGGUAUAGGAUCACACCUCUUCACAUGCUUGUUACCACACCACGCCCACCACCAAGGCACCAUGGACCUCCACCCCAGUCCACCAUAGUCCAGAUAGGACUUUUGAAUGUAGCUGGAAACUUAGCUAAAACAUUCUCAAGUAGGCCAAGCCCGUGUGAGCAGUAGGACAUUUCAACUCAACAAUUAUUGAUUGAAGAUUUAUGUAACAGAGGUUAUGCUAACUAUUGGGGUAAGAGAAGACCCAGACCCUCCAGGAACAUUCAAAUGUGUGUCAGGAAUGGUUGUUAGCAGUGAUCAUCUCUAGGGGAAUUUGGGAGAACAUCUGUGUGGUUCCAAACACAGCCAAUGUUUUCUCCUAAAGUCAACUUCAUAGAAAACAUAAGUUUUGGAGACAGAAGUGGGUCCCAAUCUAACUUAUUCUGUGACUUUAGGGAAAUCACUGAAGCUCUCUGAGAUUAUUUCUAGACAAUAAUAUCUUUUGUAGUAUUGUUGUGGCAAUUAAAAAAGAUUGCAUACAAAAAGCACUAAGAACACUUUCAAGUACAUGUGGUACAUGGUAAGCCUUCAAGAAAUACAAAUUCUCUUCUCUUAAAUUAGAGUCCGGCAAAUACUCUUUCACAAAAGGAGAAAAUAUAUGGGGGAAGUAUGUGGCAUGCUGAAGAUACUGGUGAUUUUACAUUAAGAAGUCAA